AUGGCGCAAGCUCUGCCGCGACGAAGAGGGCCACCGCGAACUCUUCCGAAUGAGAUUCUUCUCGAGAUUUUCUCUUUCGUCGGACGGAACCAACCACGCUUGGCGACUCUCAGAAGCAUUGCCCUCGCAUCUCGAACCUUCAAAGAUCUCGUCACCCCAAUUCUUUACUCGACAUUCUCGGCACUAGAAUAUGCCCCCGACAGAGACAACUUAACGGCGCCAAUGUGCUUCUUCCUCCGCACUCUUAUCGAGAGCCCCCGUUUGGUAAAACAUGUAAAAGACUUCAAAUGGGAAAUUUGCAACCAGCUCGAUGCCGAAAAAGCGCUUUCUGCAGCCGAAUUCGAACAAGUAUUUCAAAAAGCGCGUGAUCUAAACCUUCACCUCAACACGCCUUUCUGGAACAUACUGAUGGAUAUGAAAGAUGCAACUCGCGAUAUGGAUCCCCUCGUCGCGAUUCUGCUCCACCUCUUACCUAAUCUUGAGAAACUGAGCCUGACUAUGGUGACUAUCGAGGAUGGAUUCCCUGAAUACUUGUAUCCCAGACCAGGUGGUGUCUUAACAAUUGACACCCUCACUAAAGUUCGAGCACUGCGACUUGACGCUGAAGAUAACAUGGGGGAUUUCGUAGACCUCAUGCCAUGGCUUCAACUCCCAUCACAAACAGCGUUGAGCUUAGGAGCGAUAGCUCUCGAUAUCAAUGUCCCUACGCUAGGUCCCUUAAACCUAACAUCAAUCAACAUCGAAGGUGGUUUUGUAGAGCAACCGUGCUUGGAAGGCUUGCUCAAAUCAUGCCAGAAGCUGAAGUCAUUCAGCUACGAAAUCGAUGCAUUAGGAAGGCCAGAGGAAAAUGCAGCUACUCCCGAAGAGAUGCUUAUCACUGUUCGCGAGCAUGCUAGCGAUACUCUAGUGGAGCUGAAGCUGCGUCUAAUUGACCCGGACCCAGACAGCGAUGCUCACUGGGAUUGGGACGACAUCACGGAAUGGGACUUCGCAUUUCGCGGGCUGAAGAACCUCAAAGUGCUCGAAAUCGACGCUCCGUUCAUUCUUGGGACAGACGAGUAUAUCCGGACAGAUAUCCACUUGACUGAGGUUUUACCACCGAGCAUCACUGAACUGCGGCUUCACGUAUGUGGUCAACGCGUAUUGGAGGAAAUCGGAGAUCUUGCACGAGUCACCCGAUUGGUUUACCCAGCUUUGGAUCACGUCGAUAUCGACAGCUUCAAGACGUUCUUCUGGACUCCUGCGUAUCUGAAAGAUGUCCAAAAAAGGUUCCGCACAGCAGAUGUGGCGUUUGAUUAUUCUUUCGACUAUGAUUACUAUUUCUCUCCAAGUUAUGAGGGUGAUCUUUGCCGUGCAUACGAUUUUGCCCGUGAGUGGGCCAGCCCAGCUCUUUCCGGUCUUAUGGAGGUGCUCAUAUCAGAAAAGGAAUCUGAGUAG